UAAGGUUUACCUUCAGGUGAGGGGACAAAGAUUGAUAACCUCAGUUGCCAGUGGCUAAUUUUAGUGUGGAAUUAACCACACGACUCGAGAUGUAGCGACGAGCGAGACUGAAAGGCAGUGUCUCUUGUCUGUCUGUCAUCGUGUCUCUGUCGGGUUGUUACUUGUCGUGUCCCCUACAGUAUAGAAUGGUGAAUAAAUGAGGAGGAUGGUGACGAAGAUGAGUAACGAAUGUGUGUAAGAAUCCUGGAAUAUAACUUUUAUAAGUAAUUAUUAUAAGUUAUAAGUGACAAAGUGGAAAAUGUUUAGUGACGCCUCUGAGAUGGAAUCGACGUAUAAGUGAGACCCAGGAAUGUAACUUUAUAAAAAGCAUUAUAAGUAACAGUAAAGUGGGACAUGUAAGGCGUUUUUUAACGUCGAAAUGGGACCGUCUGGUGAGUGAGUGAGACCUGGGAAUGAAACAGUAAAUAGAGAACUGUAAGUGACGAUUUAAGUGGAAGAUGUUUGGUGUCUUGUAACGCUUUCGUGAUGGGCUCAGCGUGUAGCUGUGGGAAGGAAAGCUCCGAGGACUCCCCGCGGAAGGACAAGACAAAUGGUCAUGUCCUUGAGAACGGCGCCCAAAAUGCCCAUACUGAGGCCUGUGGCGGCGGGGCAGCAGGCCAGAACGGCGUGCCUCAGAACGGUCACAUCAAGGAAAGUGCGUGUGAGGUAAAGGAGGAUACCUUAGCCUUGAAAGCUGUAGAAAACUCAACGGCAAAUGACGUAUCAGCGACAUGUAAGGACGAGGACAUCCCCGACUGUGGUAGUGAUAAGGUGCAGGACAGAGCCAUUCACCCAAACGAACCCGUGGAUAGUACUAGUGCCAAGAGUGUGUCCACGUCCCCUGCCGCUCGCCCUUAUCCCUCUACCAACCCUCCUCUAUCCACCAGCCUCGACGAGAGUGUCUCAGAAGAAGAAUUGGUGAGCAUCAUGGCAGGAGAGCUGGCAUCACUGGUAGCCCGGCUGGAGACAGCUGUGGACCGGCUGGAGAAGGCUGGCGUACCAGGCCUGGCUGGGGGAGGCCAGGGAGCAGGAGGAACCCAGUCUGCUGAAGAACGUCGCCAAGGCUUGAUAUGGGGUGAGGAAUGCACAGUGCCAUUUGUUUUGGCAUAUGAUGACCUGCUCUCUGGGCCAUUCAAAACUUUCUUCGACUGUAGCAUGAAGAUCGGUGGAGAUGUUGCCAGUAUUGCCAAGAUGGUACAGUCUACCUUCAUCAACCAGCGAGCCUUCUUGGUCAUGGCAUCAAAAAGCCAGCGGCCUUUGGAUUCUGAAUUACCACAGGUACUAGAACCUACAGGAAAGAAGAUCCAAGAGGUGAUUGCCUUCAGGGAAUCCAAACGCCAGUCUCCAUUCUUCAACCACCUCUCUGCCAUCUCAGAAUCCAUCCCAGGCCUCUCAUGGGUAGCUGUUACCCCUGCACCAGCACCCUAUGUAAAGGAGAUGGGUGAUUCUGCUGUGUUCUAUACCAAUAGAGUUCUCAAGGAAUAUAGGGAGAAAGACAAGGUGCAUGUUGAAUGGGUUCAGAACUGGAAUAAUGUCUUCAAGGAGCUUCAAGAGUACGUCAAAAAACAUCAUACAACCGGUUUAUCAUGGAAUACCCGUGGAGGCAAUGCUAUGGCCAACCUCAAAGCUGCCCCAGCCAACUGUGGUGUCCCUCCUCCCCCUCCAGCUGGCAACAUCCCUCCCCCUCCCCCCAUGAUCAAGCUGGACCCAAAGGCUGUGGCUGCAGAUGAUGGGCGUUCUGCACUAUUCGAUUCAAUCAACAAAGGAACAAAUAUCACCUCUGGGCUUAAGAAGGUGGACCGCAAGGCGCCUCGCCCUCAACCCCUACGAACAGGGGCGCGGACAUCACAAACAGUGACAGAUGACAUGAAGACUCACAAGAACCCCAGUUUACGUGAGGGUCCAAAACCAUUUGUGAAGCAGUCCAGCCCACCCAACCGGGCAUCACCUGCUCGUGAUGGCCCUACCGCCCCUCCUAAAUUUGCACUUGAGGGCAAGAAGUGGUUUAUUGAAUAUCAGAAAGAUAAACCAGACCUUAUUGUCAAAGAUGCCAAAAUGGAUCAAUCUGUAUACAUCUUUAGGUGCCAGAACAUUGUAGUCCAAGUUAAGGGUAAGGUAAAUUCUGUCAUCCUAGAUUCGUGCAAGAAAUCAUCAGUGGUAUUUGAAAACCUUGUGUCUUCAGCAGAAGUUGUUAAUUGCCAGUCCUGUCAAGUUCAGGUGAUGGGUAUCAUGCCUACAAUCUCCAUUGAAAAGACAGAUGGGUGCCAAGUGUACCUGAGCAAAGAGUCUCUUAAGACUGAGAUUGUUACUGCCAAGUCUACUGAAAUGAAUGUCCUCAUCCCUAAGGAUGAUGGAGACUUUGUUGAAUGCCCCAUCCCGGAGCAGUUCAAGACUACUAUUAAGGGACUGUCUCUGACUACCACAUGCUCAGAACAGGCAGGAUAAAGCAGAAAAUAUGCAACCAUUACCUGGAAUUGAACCAUAAAACACAAUUGCGUUUAGCCAGAAUAAUAUGCUGUGUGACCUAACCUCUAGGAGUGAUGAAAUUCCAGAAUAUUUACUAAGGCAAUGACUUGUUGGAAAUUUGUAUUCAAGUCAUUUAGUCUUUGUGUAUUAUACUACUCUGUUUUCAUGUGAUUGUUUCAUAUUUAAAAUUGAUUAUAAUUAUUGUCAGUUACAAACACCUGGAUGAGGAUGAUUAUAAGGGUUAAUAAGCUUUCAAGAUCGUAAGCAUCAUUAUGCCGAGGACAAAAAAAAUUGAAGGUUAUCUGGUAUGAGACUCCAGGUUAAGAUCAUGUUAAGAGUAUUCUGUAUUAUCAUGAUGCUGAUUGCAUCAGGCUUGUCCUGUCUCAUGUUAGGGUUAUUCUUACAAUUGUUUGGGUGCAUUUAUGUUGUUGCCAUUCACAAAUAGAAGCUUAUAGGUUUUAGAAGUGAUUUAAAAAAAAUGAUACAGAAUAUCCUUAUGUGAUAGUUUGUAAGAUUCAGCUCAAAUUCUUGAGAUUUUAAUGACAAUAUGCAGGAUGGCUGUAAUAAUAGUAAGAUAAGAAAAUCUAAAGAUUGCUGACAAUUAUAUAUAGUGCAAAGUUUUUCCUGAGACAAAGUGCAAUAAUAUUUGCAUGAAUAAUCAUUAUGAAACUCAUGUCUAAGGGAUGUAAACUGUUUCCACAGAAAGUGGCUACAUUGCACUUCAUUCUGUUUAAUCCUAGUGUUUGAUAGGUUACAAUUCUAUUAAACUAGUAAUAUUCUGAUAAUUAAUAACUUCAAGUACUAUAAGCUCAGUUAAUGUUUUUUUUUUACAUCUUUUUUUUUUCACAUGCAUAAAUGCCAAGCUAUAAGUAGCUUAUUUAUUAGGUACACGAGAUCCCAUAUCUGUGAAAGCUGACACAAAUGAAAAUUGAUGAGCAGUUCAUUCAUGUCUGACACAAGCUCAAGUCUUAACCUUUGUUGCCUUUUCAAACUUAACAUAUAGGAUAUGCAAAUAGCAAAAUUGUCUCCAAGUUUACAUAAUGUUAGCAGAGAAUAAUGAAGAUAGAGAACAUGGAUUGUCUUUGCUAUACUCAUUGUAUAGAAUACUGGAGUCACACAAGAUAAUAACUAUAUCUUAAUUGCAUAGAGGUACAGGGAUUUAUAUAUGUAUUUUUGCAGCAUCAGUAGAUAUAUUUUAUUUCAUCAUAUCUUUGGCACUGAUUUUAGGGAUUUUCUUGGUUGAUAGCUCAAUUUUUAAUUAGAUUUUACUUAUCCUUCAAGUUGUGGUACACCCCAAUAAAAUAAUUUAAUUUCACCAAUCCAUUCUCUGUCUAUAUUGUACAGUUUUUUUAUUAGUUGUAGAUUUCAGUUUUGGGGUUGGAUUAAAACUAGUCACAGACUAAGAUUACCCGAAAAACAGCUCCAGUUGCAUGAUUACUCACAAUACAGUACAGUACAUAUAUUGAUUCUGAGACAAAAAAAUCAACCUCUAUGCUGUGCCUCUGCUUAUUUAGGAAAAAUUCUAAUAGGAGUUCUUGAGUCCAAAUUUACAUAAAUUACAUUGUGAUUACUUGAUCCAGUGGAGAUAUUUGUAUAAUUUAUAUUAAAUUAAAGAGAAUGAAAAUUGACUUUUAUAGAAAUUUUUUACACAAAUCCAAUUUCAGGAAGUUCCCAUUAUCUGCUUUAUGCUUUGGGUAGUGUAGAUCUCUUAAGUUAUUAAUGCUCCUCUCUAGUCUUUGACGGGAAUUGAGUGUGACUUUAAACACGCUCGGUACAUUGACAACGCAAUAUAUAAAUAGGAAAAUGGGAAAAGCGAGUCUUACAUACUUUGCUUUGUUAUUGUCACUGUCGACUUCACGUUGAUUAACUGUAUUCUUCCAUUUUAUAUGCAUAUCAGUAACAUUUCUGAUUUAACUAAUAAAAAGUACAAGUCGGUA